AUGUAUCCCUGCUUGUUAAUUGCCUACAGUGCUCCUUCAUUAUUUCUGGAUACUAACUCUUUUAGGUUCAAUGAUUUGAUUAUCGAAGAAAACCCUGUCGCACAAAAGGCCAUUUCCAGAUUGCCUGAAGACGAGCUUUACGCCCGUAACUUCAGAAUGAUUACUGCUCACCAAUGUGCGUUGUCUCACCAGUUGUUGCCAGCUAGUAAAGCGGUUAAGCCUGAGGAGGACACCCACUACUUGAUUCCUUACCUCUUGGAGGCUGAGAAGGAAGCUUUCGAGAAGAAAGAGUUGGACAACAUUGAGGUUUAA